AUGAAGCUCACAGCAUCACUCUCGGCCAUCGCGGCCCUCAACGCCGCAACAGCCUCCCCCAUCGAACCACGCCCCGAGUCCGACCAGCAUCCCAUUCAGCGCAUACCAACGUCGUACGAGUCCGCCGUGCUAGGCCGCCGCAUCCUCGCCCUCAGCCCGCUCGCGACCCUGUCCACCGUCUUCCCCUCCUCAUCCUCAUCCUCCUCAUCCGGCGGCCACGACGCCCCGGACCUACACGAAGAUGCGGGCGCCCUUGAGAACCGGCCCCGGGGCCUGGGCGGCAUUCCCAUCGGCCUGAUGGACUAUGUUGCUGACUGCGGCGCCGAGGAGGAGGGCAACCCCACCAUACUGGCCAUCAAGAUCGCCACGAGCUUUAAGAACGUCGCCGCGGGGAGCAACUUGUCCAUCAGCUACAACUGGGUGCCGCCCUACCCGCCCGCGAAGCGCAUCAAGUCGUCGUCGUCAUCAUCCUCACACAACCCGCUAUCCUGGCUUUCCAGGUGGUGGUCAGGCAAUGGCAACCGCGACGACGACGACGGAGACGCGGCCGCCCUUCCCCCGCACUACGACCCGGUCCCGUACAGCGCCGCCAACCUGCCCCGGUUCAGCCUGCUCGGGCACCUUGAGGAGAUAUCGCCUUCCUCGGAGGCUGAUGCUAUAGAGCUGCAAGAGUGCUUCCUGAACGCGCACCCGGACGCCCGGUACUGGCUCCCGGGGAACCGGAUCCACGAGGCUGGCUGGGUGCGCCUCGUGGUCGACGAGGUGUACUUCGUCGGCGGGUUCGGCGACCGGGCGUAUAUCGGGUGGAUCCCGGUUGCGAAGUGGCGCGGCGUCACGAGGGAGGAGUGGCAGGCUGUCAAGCUCCCCGGGGAGGAGAAGGGCUGGAAGGAGUGGAGUGUCGAUGAGCUGUGA